AUGGACCUCAGGGUUGGAAGAAAGUUCCGUAUCGGGCGAAAGAUUGGAAGCGGGUCCUUUGGUGACAUCUAUCUGGGAACAAACAUCGUAUCCGGCGAACACGUUGCGAUCAAGUUGGAGAGCGUUAAUGCAAGACACCCUCAGUUGGAGUAUGAGGCGAGGGUUUACAAGGCGUUGAGUGGUGGUGUCGGUAUCCCGUUUGUAAGAUGGUAUGGACGUGAGUGCGAUUAUAACGCCAUGGUUAUGGACCUUUUGGGCCCCUCUUUGGAAGAUUUGUUCAACUACUGUAACAGAAAAUUCUCAUACAAGACGGUCCUACUCCUCGCUGACCAACUGUUGUGCCGCAUGGAGUACCUCCAUGCAAGAUGCUUCAUACACAGAGAUGUCAAACCGGAUAACUUUUUAAUGGGGAUUGGCAAAAGAGGUUCUCAGGUUAACGUUAUCGAUUUUGGUUUGGCUAAGAAGUUUAGAGAUCCAAGAACACAUCUCCAUAUCCCUUAUAGGGAGAAUAAGAACUUGACAGGUACUGCGAGAUAUGCAAGUAUAAACACACAUCUGGGUAUCGAACAAUCAAGAAGGGAUGACUUGGAGAGUUUGGGCUAUGUGUUAAUAUAUUUCUGUAGGGGCUCUCUACCAUGGCAAGGCUUGAAAGCUGCGACAAAGAGACAGAAGUACGACCGUAUCAUGGAGAAGAAAAUGUCAACACCUGCUGAUCUGUUGGGAAGAGGGUUACCUGUGGAGUUUGUCCAUUACUUGAAUUACACAAGAUCACUCAGAUUUGAAGAUAAGCCAGACUACACGUACUUGCGCAGACUCUUUAGGGAUCUCUUUGUCAGAGAAGGUUACAAGUAUGACUACGUAUUUGACUGGGCAGUUCAGAAGAAGCAACAACAGAUGUUGGCUCCAAAGGAUGCCGAGGAUGAGCAGAACAAAAAGGACCAAUCUCAACAAAAACCACAGCAACAACAACAACCAGUAUCACAGCAGCAUCAACAAUUACAACAACAAGCACAACCACAGCAGCAGCAACAACAACAACAACAACAACAACAACAACAACAAUACAUUGCAGAGCAUGACCAACUCUUUACACAACAAGGCCAACAAUUAGCACAACAACCGGACCCACAAAGUUCACUGGCAAGUAGACAGAAGGAUCCUCCGGAAGACGAGAUCUAUCAGGAUACCUCGAAGAAGGAGCCAUUACCUCAACCACAAGUUAAUCAUAACCAGCAAUGGCUAUGA